CCCUCUACCAUUUGACUGCGUGCGUGCGCAAAUCACCAUGGGGAGUUAACGUUACGGAGUGGCAGUCUAACCGAUAUUAAUGCCAGUUUUUAUAUUUUGCGAGUUACCGGUCUAUAAACCAUAGUCAGCCGUUUUGGAAGUAUUUGUUUUUGGAAGUCAUGCGGCGGAGUAAGGCUGAAGUGGACCGUUACGUCUCCUCAGUACAGAGUUCUUCUCCUUCAAUCAAAGAGAAGCCAGUCAAAGGGUUUUUAUUUGCUAAAUUGUACUUUGAAGCAAAGGAAUAUGAACUUGCAAAAAGACAUGUAUCCGAGUACCUCAAAGUCCAGGAGAGGGAUCCGAAAGCACACAAAUUCCUUGGACAGCUCUAUGAGAGAGAAGGAGACAUCAACAAGGCAGUGGGAUGUUAUAAGCGGUCAGUGGACUUGAACCCUGCCCAGAGGGACCUUGUACUGAAGGUGGCUGAGUUACUGGUCAGUAAGCAGGAAUGUGACAGCAGAGCAGAGUUUUGGGUGGAGAAAGCUGCCAAGCUGCUGCCAGGAAACCCUGCUGUCUUCAACCUAAAGGAGCGUUUGUUGAGUCGUCAGGGUCAGCCGGGAUGGAACCGGUUGUUUGACCUCCUCCAGGCCGAGCUGGCAGUGAGGCCAGCUGACGCUCACGUGAACGUGAAGCUGGUUCAGCUGUUCUGUCAGGACGGACGGCUGGAUGAAGCCGUUAAGCAUUGCCUGGCUGCUGAGAAAAGGGGAAUACUGAGCCACAGCCUGGACUGGUACACAGUGGUGGUGCGCACACUGCAGGAGUAUCUAGCUCAACCCAGUGUCUCUAGUAAUGAGAACAUGUGUCGACGUCUCCAGAGAGAGCUGCUAUUGGCCCAUUGCAGUCUGCUGAGAAUCACACUGUCUGAGAGCAAUAUGCAGCCCAGCCUUGAUGCGCUCACAAGUUUUGACCAAGCUAUGCAGACGUUGAGCAGCAUUGCUGGCCGCCACACAGACGAACUUUGUGAGGCGUUUGUGGAGAUGAGAGGUCACCUUUACCUGCAUGCUGCCACGCUGCUGUUGAAGCUGGUUCAGAAUCACCUACAGACCUGGAGGGCCAUCAUUGACCUGGCUGCACUAUGCUACCUGCUGGCAUACCAGGUCCCCAGACCAAAGGCUAAAGUGACCAAAAGAGACCAGUCAGCCCCACAGCUUCUGGAGCUGCUGGCCAACGACCGACAGAGUCAGGCCGGUCACAUGUUGCUAAAUCUGAGCACGGAUUCAUCUACCUUGAUCAGAGAGGUGGUGGAGGCGUUUGGGAACCCUAGUGGUCAGGACUCUCUGUUUGAACUCCUGUUUGGACCACAGGCCUCCCCUGGAUCUUCCUUUAUUGCCAAUGAUGACAUUCGUUCCAUUAACACCAUGGCUCCAGAGCUCUCUCAACUCGCCAAAUGGGACGCUGGCUCCAUCCUGCUUCAUGCUGGUGACUUGCAACAUCUAAGCUGGUUGGGACUACAGUGGACCCUUCUGGCCCAAAGACCAGCCCUGCGGGACUGGCUACAGCAGCUCUUUCCUAGGCUUACUCUGGAAACCUCCAAACUGGACACAAACGCACCAGAGUCCAUCUGCCUGCUCGACCUGGAGGUGUUUUUAUAUGGUGUGGUGUUCUGUAGCCACUGUCAGCUCCAGGAGACAGCGAAGAUCAGCAGCGGAGUGAACCAGCAACAGCAGCUUUAUGAGCCUCGCUGCCUCCCACUUCCUCUCCUUCGUCUCUUGACCACUGACAGACAGAGGGAGUGGUGGGAUGCCAUCUACAGCCUCAUUCACAAACGAGCAGCUCCUGGCAUGUCAGCCAAACUGCGGAUGAUUGUGCAGCAUGGACUGAGCACUCUGAGGGCUGGAGAGAAACAUGGGCUCCAACCAGCGCUGGCUAUCAACUGGGCUCAGUGUCUUAGCCAGACGGGUGAUGGAGUGAACUCUUACUACGACCAGAAGGAGUACAUCGGCCGCAGUGUCCACUACUGGAAAGUUGUACUUCCACUGUUGGAAAAGAUCAAAAACAGACGCAGUAUACCAGAACCUCUUGACCCCCUCUUCAUGCACUUUCCCUCCAAAGAUAUUCAGAUUUCUUCUGUGAAGGGCUAUGAAGAGGAAGCCAAGAUAGCAUAUGCGGUACUCCUUGACAUUGAAGGAAAAACAGAGGAGGCAAUCGCUACAUUGGAAACCAUCGAUAACAUGUCAUCCAUCUGGCAUUUGGCUCAGAUCUACCAACGGCUAUCAGAGGAGGCCAGUAACGGGGUUGAGGAGACCCAAGACAGGUGCAUCACUUUUCUGAGAAAGUUUAGGACCUACCUGUCCAAGAUCUACAAUGCUAAUGCAGAUGACAUUGAGAGGCUGCCUGUCUCCAUGGAGGAAGUUGUGGACCUCCUGAAUGAUGUGAACCAGCAGCUGGGCGAGAGUGGGGAGGCUAUGGAUGAAGAGGAGGAGAAGGAGGAAGAGGGUCGAGGAGGACCGGCCCACUCCAGCCCUGCUCAUCCCACAGACACCUCUGCCACCAUAUCCCACAUAAAGUUUUCCACUCCCUCUCCUAACAAAAGCAUCAUCUCUCCUUCCAAAAGACACCUGAUUUCUCCCAAGGUACCACCUCAUUGGGUGGAGGACCAGAAAAGUCUCCUCCAAAUGCUGUGUCAGCAAGUUGAAGCCCUCAAGAAUGAGGUUCAUGAUCUGAGACACAACUCUUCAGGAAAUGCAGGCUCUCCUCAUCACAAGAUGUAUGGGGAGAGCUAUGGGGCCGAGGGCCUACAGGAGCCCUUUACCCCAGUCCAGUCCUACCAUGGGGCCCCCCUAACAGUUGCCACCACAGCCCCCUCUGUGUACUACAACCAGUCUCCAGCUUAUAACUCUCAGUAUCUCCUGCGCACAGCAGCAAAUGUAACCCCCACUAAGGGCCCAAUGUAUGGUAUGAACCGUAUGCCACCUCAGCAGCAUAUGUAUGCCUACCAGCAGCCCACUCAUACUCCUCCAUUGCAGACAGCCCCAGCCUGCAUAUACCCUCCUCAAGAACAGGUCUUUGGUGCCCCUCUUCGGUUUGAAUCACCAGCCACGAGCCUUCUUUCCCCAUAUAGUGAAGAAUAUUAUGGGCAGAGUGUAACCCAACAAACCACUAACCCUCCCCUGCCUGAACCUGGCUACUUCACCAAGCCAUCUGUAGUCCCUGUUCAGCCACCAAAGUGCAUUGAGGGGAAGCCUAUGGACUUUGGAAAGCUGUCCUUCAGCCAGCAGGCACCCGUUGAAGUCCCCAAAGUACCUAGUUUUGGAUCAGGGGUAUUCGCCCAGUCAACACCUUCAGCUGCUUUUAAAUUCAACUCCAACUUUAAAUCCAAUGAUGGAGAUUUCACUUUCCCAGCUUCCCAGGCCAAGCACAGUGAAAGCCUGCUUGGUCUUCUUACAUCAGACAUUCCCACUAAAACAGAUAUUGUCCCAGAGAAGCCUUUAGCCCAAGAUCAGCACCCCAGCCAAACUGGCAUCUUCACCUUUGGCAAUAAAAGUGUUACCGGUUUCUCCUUUGCUGAUUCUGCACCAAGCACAGGAAGUGUUUUUGGAAAGGUGGAGCAGCCAUUUAAAUUUGGGGAUGUUUCUAAGCCAGUGUUUGGGGUUGCCACGUCUGCAGCAGAAGAAAGAGCAGCGGAGAGCGACAAUGACAGCACUCAUGUUGAGGAGGAUGAAGAUGGUCCUCACUUUGAACCUAUUGUACCCCUUCCUGAUAAAGUAGAUGUGAAAACGGGUGAGGAAGAGGAGGAGGAAAUGUUUUGCAACAGGGCCAAGCUGUAUCGAUUUGACACAGACACAAAAGAGUGGAAAGAGCGGGGCAUUGGCAAUGUUAAAAUCCUAAAACACAGCGCUAAGGGGAAGGUUCGCCUCCUAAUGAGAAGGGAACAGGUCCUUAAGAUCUGUGCAAACCACUACAUCAAUGCCGAUAUGCUACUGAAACCAAAUGCUGGCUCUGACAAAUCCUGGGUCUGGAAUGCCAUUGAUUAUGCCGAUGAAGCACCUAAGCCUGAACAGCUGGCCAUCCGCUUCAAAACCGCAGAUGAGGCAUCACUUUUCAAAGCUAAGUUUGAGGAAGCCCAGGAAAUUGUGCUCAAAUCAACAGAAAAGAAUGAUCAACAUGAGAAGAAAGAGGAAAGCUUCAAAGGUUCUGAAUCCCUGGCAGCCCAGUUUGCGCUUAAAGAUGGGGAAUGGGAAUGUACUGUGUGCUGUGUGAGAAACAAACCCAUGGAUAUGCAGUGUGCCGCUUGUCAAAGUCCAAAUCCAAAUUCUUCAUCCAAGCCAGACAUUAAGGCUGCUGGUGAAACCAAAGCCAGUCUCUUCACUUUCAAAUUUGGGACUGAUUCAACAAAACCCAGUAGUUCUGGCUCUACAUUUACUGGAUUUGGUGCUUUUGGAGGUAAACCCUCCUCCUUUACAUUUGGCACCAGCACCUCAAAACCUGCUGACACAGUAACCAGUGCGUUUGGUUCUGGUUUUGGGGCUCAGUUUGGCAAGAAGCCCGGGCAGUGGGACUGUGAUGUAUGCGAAGUAAGAAAUGAGGCCUCUGCAGACAGUUGUGUUUCUUGUAAAGCUCUUAAAGCCUCACCUAAAACAACUGCAACAGCACAAACUGCACCAGCUGCAGAUGUACCAGAUUCAUCUUUUUUAUCUGGUGUUGGAACUGGGUUUGGUGCCCAGUUUAGCAAGAAGCCCGGGCAGUGGGACUGUGAUGUAUGCGAAGUAAGAAAUGAGGCCUCCGCUGACAGUUGUGUUUCUUGUAAAGCUCUUAAAGCCACACCUAAAACUACUGCAACAGCACAAACUGCAACAGCUGCAGAUGUACCAGAUUCAUCCUUUUUAUCUGAUGUUGGAACUGGGUUUGGUGCCCAGUUUAGCAAGAAGCCCGGGCAGUGGGACUGUGAUGUAUGUGAAGUAAGAAAUGAAGCCUCUGCUGACAAUUGUGUUGCCUGCAGAACCCGCAACCCUGUGGCUAAAUCAACAGAGCGGGCUCCAGUAACAUCAAAUCUGCCAGCAGUGUCAGGAUUUGGGGCUGAUUUGCCAAAAGAGGAUGGGCAGUGGGACUGCGAUGCCUGCCUGGUCAGAAAUAAUGCAUCAGCUACUGAAUGUGUUUCCUGCCGUUCCCCACGUUCUUUAGAAGCCUUAUUUUCCAAGAAGCAUGGGGAAUGGGAUUGUGACACUUGUCUGGUGAGAAACGAUGCCUCUGCCAAUAAGUGUGUGGCCUGUCAGACACCAAACCCCAAUUUUAAAAGCACAGCCAGCACAGCUCCCUCGGCCUCAACAUUCAACUUUACAUUUGGAAGCAAGAGUUCAUCAAGCCAGCCUGCUGGAACUGGAUUUACAAUGCCUUUUGAAGCUGGCAGCACUUUUCAGUUUGGUCAAAACAAAGAGAAAAGCUCAGCUGCUUCUUUUAAGUUUGAAUCUCCUCAGUCCGGAUCUAGUACCACAAGUACCACAAGUGCUUCAGGCUUCUCUUUCUCAAUGCCCAUUCCAGCUGGUGGCUUUAAGUUUGGCAUUCAGGACUCUGCUCAAGAAACUCCCUCAACUGAUAAUCAAACGCCUCCAUCAGGGUCAGCCUCCAGUUUUCUGAAAAGCAUAGCUGACAAACACAAGGAGAAAGAAAAUCUGUCUAUAACCUCAGAGGGCCAAACAGAGCACGAUCAAAAUCCAUUAAUUACUGGAAAAACCAGUACAUUCAGUUUUGCAGACUUGGCAAAGUCCUCUAAAGGAGACUUCCAGUAUGGCCAGGACGACCCCAAUUUCCAAGGUUUCUCUGGGGCUGGUGAGCAACUGUUCUUAACCCCCACCAAGACAGUUGCCACAAAUGAGCUGGAGGAAGACGACAUGUAUAAAACCGAGGAAAAUGAUGAUAUCCAGUUCGAACCAGUGGUCCAGAUGCCUGAUAGGGUGGACGUAGUGACAGGGGAGGAGGAUGAACAGGUUCUUUAUUCUCAGCGUGUCAAACUUUUCAGAUUUGACUUGGACACCAGUCAGUGGAAAGAGCGUGGUGUAGGACUCCUUAAAUUCCUGAAAAACAACUCUAAUGGCAGGCUAAGGGUGCUGAUGAGAAGAGAGCAAGUUCUGAAGGUAUGUGCCAACCACUGGAUCACCACCACCAUGAAUCUAAAGCCGCUGGCAGGCUCAGACAAAGCAUGGAUUUGGCUGGCCAAUGACUUCUCUGAUGGAGAUGCUAAACUUGAACAGUUGGCUGCUAAGUUUAAAAGCCGAGAGCUUGCUGAGGAGUUUAAGGAGAAGUUUGAAGAGUGUCAGAGACUUCUCUUGGACAUCCCCCUACAAACCCCCCACAAGCUUGUUGACUCGGGCAGAACAGCACGCCUCAUUCAGAAAGCAGAGGAGAUGAAGUCUGGUUUAAAAGAUCUGAAAUCUUUUUUGACGGACGAGAAAACCAAGAUCAAAGAUGAUGACAGCCAGGGAGACAUUACGACAUCCAGCAAUGUUUCAAACCUUGUAAUCAAGUCUCACUGUGAAACCACCGGCCCCACCUUGGAGUGGGAUAACUACGACCUAAGAGAAGAGGCUUUAGAUGAUACUGCUGACUCAUCAGUCUAUGCCUCUCCUAUCGCCAGCAGCCCCCUGAGAAAGAACCUUUUCCGCUUUGGAGAAUCCACUGGUGGAUUCAACUUCAGUUUCCAACCUGGCAUCAGCCCCUCCAAGUCUCCCGCUAAACUUGACCAAAGCAGAGCCUCCGUGGGUACUGAUGAUGAGCAGGAUGUAACCCAGGAUGAAGAGCGGGAUGGCCAGUACUUUGAACCUGUGGUCCCGCUGCCUGAUCUGGUGGAGAUUUCUACAGGAGAGGAAAAUGAGCAGGUGGUUUUCAAUCACAGGGCCAAACUGUAUCGCUAUGAUAAAGAACUGGGUCAGUGGAAGGAGAGGGGCAUUGGAGACCUCAAGGUCUUACAGAAUUAUGACACCAAACGAGUCAGGUUGAUAAUGAGGAGAGACCAGGUACUAAAGAUCUGUGCCAACCACAGGAUCACAGCAGCUAUGAAGCUGGAACCCAUGAAAGGUGCGGAGAAGGCCUGGGUCUGGAGUGCCUUGGACUUUGCUGAAGUAGCAGAGGGUAACAUUGAGCAGUUGGCUGUGAGAUUCAAGCUUCAGGACACUGCAAAUGCAUUCAAACAGGUAUUUGAAGAGGCCAAGGUUGCCCAAGAAAAAGAGGAACUCAUGACUCAAGUGACAUCCAGGGUUGCCACACCUCAAGACAGUGGACCUACAGCAUCUGCACAGGCUGAUACACCUGUGUGUGGGAAGGCAGCCAUCGCUGUGCUGGAAGAGACCACAAAGGAACGUACAGAGCUUUCACCCGAAAGUAAGCCAGGUGCCGCUGGGUCUCCAAGUCCAGUCAACCCCUCAAAGACAGUGGUGUCACCCCCUAAGUUUGUCUUUGGCACUCAAAGCCUUCAGAAGUUUUUUGGCUUUGUCUCUCCUAAAUUACACUCCGAGACUGAAGAAUCUGCAUCCAGUUCGAAAGCCAAAGAUUCUGGACAGCUUGCCAAAGCUUUACCUGCAGCACCGGCAUUCAAAGUCCCAGAGAAAGGGCUGGAUUUUAGGCUUUUCAAAGAUAACCCAAUGGCUUUUUGGACCAGCACAUCAACCACCCAAUUUGAACCCCCAGGACCACCUCAGUCAGAGGGAGGCAGUGCAGGGUCGGAUGAGGACUCCGAGGUGGAGGUUGUGUAUGUCAGGGCACCCACUGCUGAACAGGCAGCUUUAGCCAGGAAACUCCUGCUGCCUCUCACCUUCUUCUGCUACCAGAAUGAACCAGGCUACACCAGCGAUGAUCAAACUGACGAUGAGGACUUUGACUCAGCAGUAAAGGCCUUGAAUGGAAAGCUCUACCUUGAUCCUCCUGAGAAAAAGGCUGCAGCAUGUGGUGAUGAGCCAGACUGCCAGGUGGUGUGGGAGAAAAAGCCGACGCCGGAGGAGGAGGAGAAGGCCAGAAGCCUCCAGCUUCCACCCAACUUCUUCUGUGGCCUGAGCACCACCGACAGUGACCCGGACCACGACAAGCCUGAAGACUAUGAGACCGAAGUCCGCAAGGCACAGCAAGACCUGGGUGCCCAGUUAAACCAAACUGAAAAGGCCUCCAGCAGCCCAGCUGUAACCCCAGAGGAACCGGCAUCAGGCCUGUCAUCCAGCACUGCGGCGGCGGCAGGCAGCACAGAAGCUGCAGGCUGCAUGUCUACACCGGAGGAGCAGACCUCAGACCAGCCAACAGAGACUCAGAGUGAAGCUCCAAGCAGCAGUUCUCCCAUUGAUCUGUCAACUAAAAAGAGCCCAGAGCCAGAGUCCAACACGGGGACUGCAGCUGCAGCUUUUACUGCUACAACAGCUAGUGAAGACUCCAACUUUGGCUUCAACUCCUUCGGAGGCUUCUCCUUUGCUGAUUUGGCCCAAAACACAGACGCUUUUGCAUUUGGAACUCAAGCUGACUCCAACUUCUCGUGGGCAAAUGCUGGAGCAACAGUAUUUGGGGCCGCAGUGACCUCAGCGCCAAAAAACAGCGGUGAGGAGGGCAGCGAUGAAGAGGAUGCUUCUAAUGCCGACAUUCACUUUGAGCCAAUAGUGUCACUACCAGAGGUGGAGACAAAGUCUGGAGAGGAGGAUGAGGAAAUCCUAUUCAAAGAGCGCGCCAAGCUGUACCGCUGGGACCGGGACCUCGGCCAGUGGAAGGAGCGUGGCAUCGGUGACCUCAAGAUCCUCUUCCACCCAACCAAACGCUUCUACCGAAUCCUGAUGAGAAGGGAGCAGGUGCUGAGGGUUUGUGCCAACCACACGAUCACACAGGCGAUGGAACUCAAACCCAUGAACGCCUCAGCUAACGCACUGAUCUGGACUGCCACGGACUACUCAGACGGCGACGGCAUAGUGGAACAGCUGGCGGCCAAGUUCAAAACCCCUGAAAUAGCCGAAUCCUUUAAGAAGACCUUCUGCGAGUGUCAGAGCCGCUUAGGCCAAGUUGAGGGCGAUGCCUCGUAUAUCUCCUCACCACAGAUGUCCAGAGUUCAAGAGCACUCCAAAGACACUAACCCCCAGGUGUUCCUCAAAGUGGCAGGCGACGGCCAACCUCUGGGCACCAUCACCAUAGAGCUUUUCUCCCAUAUAGUCCCCAAGACAGCGGAGAACUUCAGGGCUCUCUGUACUGGCGAGAGAGGCUUUGGCCUUCGGGACUCCAUCUUCCAUAGAGUCAUACCGGACUUCAUGUGUCAGGGUGGAGACAUCACCAACAGUGAUGGCACAGGGGGAAAGUCCAUCUACGGCAGCAAGUUUGAAGAUGAGAACUUUGACGUUCGGCACACAGGCCCGGGCAUUCUGUCAAUGGCCAAUCGCGGACGCGACACCAACAACUCACAAUUCUUUAUCACCCUGAAGAAAGCCGAACACCUGGACUUCAAACACGUGGCUUUCGGCUGGGUUCGGGAAGGCAUGGAUGUGGUGCUGCAGAUGGGAGAGCUUGGCACAAAGACAGGCUCGCCCACAAAGAAACUCGUCAUCACAGACUGUGGACAGUUGUAGCUUUUUAAAUGUUAAGAUCAACAUUUGCAGCUAGGUUUAAGCUAUAAAGUUGUGGUCAAGAUUUUGGAUAAUGAUGUGUUCCCUGUGCAGUGCAUACCCUCCUGCUAAAACUGAAUCCAUAGUCAUUAGGCAUCUAAGAAUUAAACCCUGAUCACAGGACUACUGAUCAAGACCCUUCAUCCAUAGAACAUUGGCUCCAGUAGCCUGGAACUACAAAUUAUUUUGCUGUCCUUUUAAGAUAAUGACAAAUGGGAUGCAUUGUGUAGUAUGCGGGAGAAGGCAUUUGGAGCAAACAAACUUUUGCUCUGUUGCACUUGCAUCUUUAUAAACGUCUGUCAAUAAAUUCUCAUUUGUUUA